AUGGCUUUGAAAUCCAGCAAGUCCGAAGAUCGGUGCUCCAGAUGCCAGAGAGAGGUGAGAAAAGGGUCAUAUGAUUACACGUUAAUGUAAUUCGAAUCAAAGACAUCAUUUAUAAGUAAAUAUUAUUAUUUUUAAAUCUUAAAAGCAAAAAAAUUGGCGUGCAGUCACGCACGAAUUUGGGUUUGAAGAUACGCGGCAAAGCGGUAAAUGAUAGAACAAAAAUAAACACAAUGAAAAAAGUAAAAAUAUAAUUCCAGAGAUACGUGAAGGGCAUCGCCUCGAUCGCCGUGGAACAAAAUAAGAAAUUGGACUGGUCGAUCGCCCGUUACGCCAUACAAGCCGUCCUCUGGCUGAUUACCUUCAUUUUAUUCUACAUUACGUACAAAAGAGAGGUCAUCUGUCAAAGGCUUUCGGCUCAAAACACCUCCAUUUCUGUUGUAAAGGAACAAUAA